UGAUCCGGCGUAAGGGGCGGGGCCUCGCAGCCAUGUCGGAGGGGGCGGCGGGAAUGGCGGCAUCGGUGGAGACGCGGCUGCGGCGGAAGCAGCUGCUGAGCGCGGAGGAGGCGGAGCUGUUCGAACUGGCGCAGGCGGCGGGCAGCGGGCUGGACCCGGAGGUGUUCCGGGUGCUGCUGGACCUGCUACGCAUGAACGUGGCGCCGCUCGCCGUGUUCCAGGUGCUGAAGUCCAUGUGCGCCGGGCAGCGGCUCCCGCCGGGGCCCGAGGGCGGCCCCGCCGCGCCGGCGCCGAUCCCCGCCGAUAGCCGAGGGAGAAAUAAAACCAGCUCUGCUGUCAGUGGCUCACAGAUUCUGGGUGAAAGAAGCAGCCGGGAGGGAUCUGCACAGAGGAUGCCCCGACAGCCAAGUGCGAGCCGAAUGCAGAAGGCAGGAACCUCUGGGAAGAACAGCGGGGGAGGCAGCAGUACCUAAAUAAGGCCUUAGAACAGAUGGAUUUUGAUGCCUGACAGUGUAUAUAUAUAAGUUGUGCUUGUUAAAGCUGCUUGUGUUGUAUGUAUUAACCUAAAAACACGAUUUCUAAUACAGGGAACAGA